AUGGUGAAAUGUGGAAAGGGCCAUGAUAUGUACCUGAACUCAGAGUCUUGGAUCUCACCAACAAUAGCCUCACGGGUAUGCGGUAUGAUCCCUCCUUUUGUUGGAAAUGCCACAAACAUGAUCAACUUCAGUUUGUUUGGAAAUAGAGUUAGCGGCAACAUUCCAAAGGAGAUCAGUAAUCUGAGCCAACUAGAAGACUUGUCCUUGAGUGAUAAUCAAUUAACAAGUUCCAUUCCCACGACACAGUUUAAUAUCUCGUCACUACUUGCCUUACAUCUGCUAAACAAUAGCCUUUCUGGUCCUCUCUUGCAAGAUGAAGGAAAUAUUGUGUCCAAUUUAGAGGUAUUACGUAUAUCUCACAACCAAAUUUCUGGUUGCAUUCCUUCCAACAUUUGUCGGAUACUCACAAAGCUCAAAAUGUUGUCUUUAUCUUUCAACAACAUAACUGGAGAAAUACCUAGAAAUAUUGGUUGUCUAGCCAAGCUUGAGGUGUUGUCUAUUGGACGUAAUGCAAUGAGUGGGACUAUUCAUGCUUCAUUGGGCAAUAUUUCCACUCUGGAAAAUCUUGGUUGUUCUCACUCUCGCAUAGUGGGGCAUUCCAUCCACUACAGGUCUUCAUCUUUCGAACCUUAA